AUGGCAGACCCCUCGACAACCGAAGAGCCAGCGACGGCCAAGUCGCCAGACCCUGUUGACUCCAUCGAGGUUGUAACAGAAGUUAAAGACGAAGAUGCUGUUGAUGAAAAGUCUGACAAUGAGGCUGAUGCAGCCGAAGAUGAAGCGGGAGGCGAACGACCAGUCUCGAAUGAUCAAUACAAAGCCCUGAAGAACAUUACAGAAAUCCUUACCAACCACAAAGUCAAGGUGAAAGGCGAUGAAGACCAUUAUCCCUCCACCUUGUUUCGCCGCAUUCCGAAUCGAAGAAAUCUACCCGACUAUCACGAGAUCAUCAAAGAUCCGGUCGCCCUCAGUACGCUCAAGGGAAAGAUACAGAGGAAGCAGUACAGCGGCAUCCCUGAGUUUGUCCGGGACUUCGCUCUGAUCGUCCACAAUGCCCAGGUUUACAACCGACCGAAUUCUGCGCCUGUCCGUGACGUGCUCGAGCUACAGGGACUCUUCAAGGCCGAGUUACAGAGACUUGUUGAAGAUGGCUUCCUCAAAGCGGAGGAGAUUGAUUUUCCCGACCUGGGAGAAAUCCCCUAUGCUACACCCGAACCAGACCCUGUUUCGGAAGAGGAUGACGAGAACGAAGACGACCAGGACCAGGACCAGGAUGAGGAUGAUGAUGACGACGACGGUGAUGGCGAUGACUCAGACGAUGAUCGGCGCAAGCGCAAAGGACGCAGAGGUAGACCUAGUAUCUCUGGUCGCAAAGGUCGCGACGACGACGACGACGACAACAAACUGAACGAUGCAGAUAUUCGAAAGCGUCGCGGGAGGCCACCCAAAGUUGACACGCCAAUGGAAGCUCGGAUCAAAGCGAUACUCAAAGGCAUUCGCAAACCCAAGGACAAGGCAGGAAAUCUCAGAGUGCGACACUUUGAGCGGUUGCCUGACAAGGCAGAAUAUCCAGCCUACUUCAUAGAGAUCAAGGAACCCAUUGCGCUAGACACGAUCAAGAAGAAGGCAAAGAGAAAGAAGUAUCAAUCCCUCGAGCACUUCAUGAAGGACAUCGACCUGCUCUUCAAUAAUGCAAAGGAUUUCAAUGAAGACUCCAGCGAGAUCUACCAGGAUGCGAUCGAGUUGUCCGCCGAAGCACUUCGGCUCUUGGACAUUGAAAAAGCGAAGCCAGACGAAGAAUACUUGAUGGAAGAUGGAAGGAGACCUCUUCCUUCUGGAAUCCUGCACAACAACGAGCUUUGGAAAGUCGGGGACUGGGUCCAUAUCAAGAAUUCCAAUGAUGUGACUAAACCCAUUGUUGCUCAGAUUUAUCGAACUUGGGAGGAUACCGACGGGCAGAAAUGGAUCAAUGCUUGUUGGUACUACCGCCCUGAGCAGACUGUGCAUCAGUAUGAGAAGCACUUCUUUCCUAACGAGGUGGUCAAGACAGGGCAAUAUCGAGAUCAUCAGAUUGAGGAGGUGAUCGAUCGAUGUUUCGUCAUGUUCUUUACACGAUUCAGUCGUGGUCGGCCACGGUCACUUGAACCCAGCAAAGAGGUCUAUGUCUGCGAAGCGAGAUACAAUGAAGAAAAGCACCGAUUCAACAAAAUAAAGACAUGGGCCAGCUGUCUACCAGAUGAGGUCCGAGACAAAGACUAUGAGAUGGAUCUGUUUGACACACCCCGGAGGAUAAAGAAAGUCCCGAGCCCGCUGAAGCAUCUACUGAAGAGUGAUGCCAAAGCUACAGAUGUGAUUCCGGCUCCUCAAUGGGGCCAUCCAAAUGCACCUCCGCUGGUGGGAGGCAUUCACAAACAACCACGCGAUGAAAAUCAAUCACCACCACCUGAGCCUACACCUCCCCCUCCUCCCACCCCACCAGCUCAAGUAGUCCGGCAGCCCUCUACAAACAGCAUGUCCCAUCAACAAGCUCGUCCAAGCCUGGAUGGUCGAUCAAGUACUGGUCCAGGUAUCCUGCCUCAGCUCCCCCGUCCGUCGCCCUCCAUGGCUCCUCAAAUGUCUCCUUACCAAGCGCAAUCCCUUUCUCCUGCACCUCAAUAUAUUCGACAAAGUUCCUUAUCACAGACCCCGGCCGCAACGCAUCGAACCGCUGCUCCCCAAACUCCAACACAACCUCUGCCACUAGCCUAUGCUGCUAAUCAGCAAUUGCAUCCAACACCGGCUCUCACAGCUGCUCAUCCCACAAGUUAUGCACCUGCAAUUCCCACUGUGCAACCUUAUGCUCGUCCUUCAGUCCCGCCAACUCAAUCAUACAACCCCUAUGGUGCUGCUAUGGUGGCUCCAACCCGAGAACAGCAAGUGUUCGUGUUGCCCGACAUAGCCAACGAAUCCAUUCCGAAAUCCAUCCGCGAUCAAUUUCCACAGGACUCGGAAGGACGCGUGUUAUUCUUCAGCAAACCACCAGUCGUUGCGGAUGAGGCGAUCUACGAUAUGCACGCCAGCACUAAGCCGAAACUAUUAGCUCACAGUGAGAAAUAUUUGGCCGCCAAAGCUGAACGCGACAAGCUCAUUACAGCAAGAAAACGAACUAUCGAAGAGCAGAAUGUUCGAGACGAUCACAAACGCGUCAAAAAUGACCUGGUCAACGGCGGCGAACCCAAUGGGACUCAUUCCAGCAGAGCCACAGCUUCACACAUGCAAGGAAGCAACGGAAGCCAAGGCGCCCAACCAAAAGAAUCCGGUACUGAUCCUAUUACCACGGGACUGACCGACACAAUGCAGAAUUGGAUCAAAAACAUGAGUGCGCAGACCGAAAUCGACUACAAGACAAGAUAUGGUGACAAGUGGAAGGAGUAUUUCGAAGAAGACCAAUUGAGACGGCAGGAACGAGCCAAGAAAGAGGCAGAAAAACAAAAGGCUCGAGAAGAGAUGUUUGCAAAGUGCCACAACCCUCCUACCUAUGACACCAGCUUCAGCAGGGAUAUCUGGUCGGGUGGAUUCAAAGGCGAGAGAUAUUAA